AUGACUUCUACCGAUACUUAUCUGGCCAUCCCAGGCUCCGUUGCCUUCUCCCGCUCUCGAGGUCAUGCUAUCGCUACCAGCAUCGGUGUCCAGGACGUCCGGGCCCAGUGGAUUCACUAUGUGCAUACUACCCAACCCCUGGACAACCCCCAGCGUGCGGUCCUCGAGCAAUUGCUUCAGUACGGUGAUAUCACAGACAUCCCUCCUACCUUUGAGUCCACCGAUGGUCAAUUCGAUACAUUCUACAUUUUCCCACGGACCGGAACGGUCUCACCAUGGAGCUCCCAGGCAACGGGUAUUUCGCACGUCUGUGGCCUGCAGAAGUACGUCAAGCGGAUCGAGCGGGGUAUGAAGAUUUCGUGUCUUCGUAACGGUGCGGAGGACUACAAGCCAGAGUACAUGGACAUCCUUCAUGAUCGUAUGACUCAGAUCAUCAGCAAGGAUGAGCCCGAGUUGAGCCUCAUGUUCUCCGAGCACGCUCCCCAACCCCUCAAGACCAUUUCCCUCCAGGGCGGUACCAAGUCCCCCACGGAGAUCCUCCAGGAGGCAAAUACGGAGCUCGGCUUGGCCCUUGAUGAUACAGAAAUUGAUUACCUGGCUGAGGCGUAUGGUCCGAAUGGCGCAAUUGCCCGUGACCCCACUGAUGUCGAGCUCUUCAUGUUCGCUCAGGUCAACUCGGAGCACUGCCGACACAAGCAGUUCAAUGCCUCCUGGGUGAUUGAUGGCAAGCCCAUGCCAAACAGUCUGUUUGCCAUGAUCCGCAAUACACACAAAAAGCACCCUGAGCACACCAUUAGUGCCUACAGCGACAAUGCUGCCGUGCUGGAGGGCCCCGAGGCCGCUUUCUGGGCCCCCGAUCCAACCACCGGACAGUGGAUGCACACUAAGGAAGUUGUGCAUUUCCUGGCCAAGGUUGAAACCCAUAACCACCCGACUGCCGUUUCACCUUACCCUGGUGCGGCUACUGGAUCCGGCGGAGAGAUCCGUGACGAGGGCGCCGUUGGUCGUGGCUCGCGCCCCAAGGCCGGUCUCUCCGGCUACUGUGUGUCAGACCUUUUGAUUCCUGACUUGAGACAGCCAUGGGAGCUCGAUGUCGGCAAGCCGAACCACAUUGCCAGUAGUUUGGAUAUCAUGUUGGAGGCACCCAUUGGUAGCGCUGCUUUCAACAACGAGUUUGGCCGUCCCUGCAUUGGUGGAUACUUCCGCACUCUGCUCACCGAGAUUGAUGUGGGCAACGGUGAAAAGGAAGUGCGAGGAUACCACAAGCCCAUCAUGAUCGCUGGCGGUGUGGGAACCGUUCGCCCCCAACACGCUAUCAAGCACCCAGAUGUUGUCAAGCCCGGUGCUUUCCUUGUGGUGCUUGGCGGGCCUGCUAUGCUGAUUGGUCUGGGAGGAGGUGCUGCCUCUAGUAUCGCUUCUGGCGAGGGAUCCGCUGAGCUCGACUUUGCUAGUGUCCAGAGAGGCAAUGCCGAAGUUCAACGGAGAGCCCAAGAGGUUAUCAAUGCCUGUGUGGCCAUGGGAGACAACAACCCCAUCAAGUUCAUCCACGAUGUUGGUGCCGGUGGCUUGUCCAACGCCCUCCCUGAGCUGAUUCAUGACUCAGGUUUGGGAGCUACGUUUGAGCUUCGUGAAAUCGAUAACACCGACCGUGGCAUGAGCCCCAUGCAGAUUUGGUGCUGUGAAGCCCAAGAGCGGUACGUCAUGGCCGUUGGCGAGGAGAGCAUGAACAAAUUCACUAGUAUCGCUCAGCGUGAGCGCUGUGGCUUCUCCGUUGUCGGUCGUGGCGGCGGUUCGUCUGAGGAGGAAAAGAGACUCAUUCUCCUUGACCGAGAGUCGAAGGAGUACCCGGCUCCCAUUGACCUUCCUUUGUCUGUGCUUUUCGGAAAGACUCCUCGCAUGACCCGAACUGUGGAUUCGCGCAAGCUGAAGCUGCCCGCUGUGGAUUCUAGCCUCAGCAAGUAUCUUCCCUCUCUCACCUCGAAGACUGAGAUUGUUGGUGAGGCAGUCAAGAGAGUACUGUCUCUGCCUGCAGUCGGCUCCAAGUCUUUCUUGAUCACCAUCGGCGACCGCACUGUCGGUGGCCUAACGGCCCGUGACCAGAUGGUUGGCAAGUGGCAAACACCCGUCUCCGAUGUAUCGGUUACUGCCACCUCCUUGGCCCAGGGUAUCAAGACCGGUGAAGCCUUCGCGAUGGGUGAGAAGCCUACUCUGGCUCUCAUCUCCUCGGCCUCGUCUGCUCGUAUGGCUGUUGCUGAGUCGCUCAUGAAUCUGGCUGCUUCCGAUCUUGUGGAUCGUCUCAGCCACGUGAAGCUGUCUGCCAACUGGAUGUCCGCCGGUAGCCACCCUGGCGAGGGCGCUGCCAUCUACGAAGCCGUGGAGGCUGUCGGUCUGGACCUAUGCCCUAAGCUUGGCAUCAGCAUUCCCGUCGGCAAGGACUCAAUGUCUAUGAAAAUGAAGUGGAAGGAUGAGGCCUCGAAUGAGGCCAAGGAGGUUACUGCUCCCAUGUCCUGUGUCAUCUCUGCCUUUGCACCGGUUGGCGACUUCACCAAGACCUGGACCCCCGCUCUUCACAGAUUCGAAGAAGUCGGGGAGACUGUUCUCAUGUUUGUUGACCUUUCGUUCGGUCGCAAAACGCUUGGUGGAUCGGCCCUUGCCCAGGUCUUCAACGAAGUCGGUUCCGAGUGCCCCGACAUUCGCGACGUCGAUCUCUUCCGGGACUUCUUCGACGCUACACAACAACUUCAGGAAGCCGGAAUUGUUUUGGCUUACCACGAUCGCUCUGACGGUGGUCUUCUAACUACUCUUGUUGAAAUGAUGUUCGCCGGUCGCUGCGGCGUUGAGAUCAUGCUUGAUAACAUCUGUUCCUCUUUCAACACCAAGGAUGUCAUUGAAUGCCUCUUCACCGAAGAGCUUGGUGCCGUCUUCCAGGUCCGCAAGGAGCACGAGAUCCAAUUCCGCUCAGCCUUCGCCACUUGCGGUCCUCCUCCAGGUCUGAUCCACAAGAUUGGACGUGUCUCUCAACAGCCCAAGCAGGACCUAGCGAUUUACCACAAGGCCUCUUUGAUUUACCGGAACACUCGUUCCAGCCUCCAGCAGAUCUGGGCCAAGACCUCCUACCACAUGCAGAAGAUCCGUGAUAACGCAGACUGCGCGGAGCAGGAGUAUGCCAACAUCGUUGACGAUGCCAACCCCGGUCUCUCCUGGAACCCUACCUUCGACCCCAAAGACAAAGGCUUGCCCAUGAUGACUAGCCUUUCCCAAUACUCCCCCUUCGCCAACAAGCCUCGCGUUGCCAUUCUUCGUGAGCAAGGUGUCAACAGUCAAGCUGAGAUGGCCUUUGCCUUCAACACCGCCGGUUUCUCCGCCGUCGAUGUCCACAUGACCGACAUUCUUUCCGGGCGUGUGUCUCUCUCCAGCUUCGCCGGUCUCGCCGCCUGCGGUGGUUUCUCGUACGGUGACGUAUUGGGUGCCGGUCAGGGCUGGGCCAAGUCCGUUCUGCUGCACGAGAACACCCGCAAGGAGUUCCAGGACUUCUUCGAGCGCCCGGACACCUUCGCCCUGGGAGUCUGCAACGGUUGUCAGUUCCUGUCUCGUAUCAAGGAUCUGAUCCCCGGUGCGGGUUACUGGCCCAGCUUCGAGCGCAACACCAGCGAGCAGUACGAAGGCCGUGUCUGCAUGGCCCGCAUCUCCGACCCCGACCCAUCCCGCCCCAGCGUCUUCUUCCACGGCAUGGAUGGCACUUCGCUCCCUAUUGCCGUUGCUCACGGCGAGGGUCGCGCCUCCUUCGCCGGAUCCCAGGGCAUUUCGGCUUCCGACUUCGUUCGCGAGGGUCUUGCCCCUGUCCGAUUCGUCGACAAUGCCACCCUUAAGCCCACCAUGAAGUACCCCUUCAAUCCUAACGGCAGUCCCGAGGGUAUUGCUGGUGUGCGCAGUCCCGACGGCCGUGUUCUUGCCAUCAUGCCUCAUCCUGAGCGUACUGUCAUGAACGGUAUCGCCAGUUGGUUGCCUCCGAACGCCCAGUCCUGGGGCGAUAUUGGCCCUUGGGGACGGGUCUUCUACAGUGCUAGACGGUGGGUCGGUUAG